UUGAAAGUAAAGCAAGUCGACGUAGGCUGAAAUGUUCAGCUACAUGCGAGUUAUAUUUACUUAAUAUUUUAUAUUCAGAACUUAACUAAACAGGUAUAAGCGAAGAAACGGUUUACCUGUAAGACUAUCAUGACUUUGUAGUUAUCCACGUAGUGUUACUUUACAGCUAAUGCUGAAUUCAUGAGAGCAACCCAUCCGGGUACUUUGCCCAAACGAUGCCGGCCCCGCCCCUUUCUGGGUGAACUCAUUGCAUUUGAAUGGAUGGCGGUUAAUGGACAAGUUGGGGUCUCCGUCUCCUAGCAACAGCAGUGAGAAAAUGAAGUUUCGUACCAACGUUGAAGACUGCUGAUACGAUAACAUCUUUUAAAACAUGUUGUUGGGAGAUAAUGGACAUGGACGAGUCCUCUGUGUUUAACGCAGCAGGUGGAGAGGCUGAAGAUUUGAUGGUAGAGUCAGAUAAAUGCUACAUUUGCCUGAACCCGUUUGAAAAGCGAGCCGUGGGUUCUCUGCAGAGCUGUCGGCAUGUUUUCUGCCUUGAAUGUAUUCUACAAUGGUCCCAGACUGCCAACACUUGCCCUGUGGAUCGGAUCAGUUUUGCUUUCAUCCACCAGAGACGGUGUCCUGGAGGGGACAUUCUAAAGAAGAUCGAAGUGAGGACACGGGACAAUGUUGACGAUGAAGAAGAGGAGGGGAGCAGUGCUGUAAUUUGCGAGAGAUGUGGACGAAGCGACCGCAGGCACCGGCUGUUGGUGUGCACGCACUGUGAUUCAGGGUAUCAUAUGGACUGCAUGACACCACCACUAACUACGGGCCCUGAAGGUGACUGGAUUUGUCCCGAGUGUGCAGUUUGCCCUCAGCAAACAGACGGCUCCAUGUCGGGGGAGGAGAUCAGUGAUGGAGAACUGACAGACCUCCUGGCUGAAGCAGAUCAAACUCCAUCCACCAGCAGUCGUCUUCGGCCGUCCACUAUGAAUCGUCCCGGAGGCUCCAUUGAACGACGACGCAGCGAGAGGGUCCACAGCAGAGCCCGUGUCGAUCCUCCUUACCCACGUCCCCAAACCUGCUCGCAUGUACCUAAAUAUCUGUUACGGGCUCUGAAGUCUGCAGACCAAACAGACGAGGUAUUUCCUGUUCCUCACAGUCACACCAACAAUUCCUCAGUCAAAUUAAAAACAAGAAGAAGAAGAAGGAAAUGACAACUUGAGCUUCUGACACCAAGAAGAGUGGAAAGUGAAAGGAUGUUUCUAUUCAUUGCUGUCUGGUAGAUUCAGGUGCACUUGACGGAAAUGACCACAUGGUGGCAGCAUAGUGUUAGCGGUCGGGUAUUGGGUUUCAUCCUGUGGUAUGAAACUCAACAGAACCUGUGUGCUGAUGCUGUCUUAUUUAUUUGACAGAGUUUACGUUCAGCAAAGAGGCUAAAACUAAGAAUGGAAGUCCGUCUCUUUAUACUGUUUGACUUCCCCAUCCUUUUUGUACGAGACAACUCAGCUCACUGCUCAUUUGUACCUUCUGAAGACUCAAAUCAUAAAAUUGUCCAAAAUGAAAAUUAUAAUUUUAGAUAAAAAUAUGUUUGGUAUUUUAAAGUGUUUUUAUUUGGGCAUGAUUUAAAGUGUAUAUACUGAUGGCUUCCAGGGUGCAGUACUGCCAAUGCUGUCCGCCUCUUUGCUGUAUACAAACAAAGCACAUUGAAAUGCCAGAUGACCACACUACUUUGGCUGUAAACAUAAACCAGUAUGCUGUGUUUAUAGGCACUGCUAGAAAACAAGCUAGAAGUUCACCACAUUCAGUAGGAUUCGUCCUCUUGGGACUAUGAAUGUCUGUACAAAGCUUAAUGAAUCCACACAUGAAAUCCUUAAUGAGAUUUUUCAGUACAGACCAAACGAGUGGACCAACACACCAUUACUGUCAUCUGUAAAGCUGCUAGCUUGGCUGGGAAUGUGAACAGAAAAUGUUCUUAUAGAGUAAUUCCCCCUCUGUUAAUGUUUGUAAUAUCAUUUAGAAAGCUGUAAAAGUUUCUGGUAAGUCAUGCCAAUAAAGCUUAUUUGAAUCUGGCACAAAAAAUUAUGUUUAUUUUGUUUU